AUGGUGCGGAUAUUGAUCGUCAGUCUGUUGUUGCUCACACGGAGAGUGAAUGCACAACUCAACAACUUGACGUCGCCUACCCAUCGAUUCAGAACGAGGCCAGACAUCUAUCCACCCUUCAUCGACCUUACGAUCUUGAGACCGGAGCUAGUAGAGCCAGGGUACAUAUUCCUGGCACCGUACCGUAAUCUCGCUCCUGGACCAUAUAUCUACGACAACUGGGGAGAGCUCGUGUACUCUGGUGGUGGGCAAGGCGGCCCAAAGACCGCCCAUGCACCGAAAGUAUGCCAGUACAGAGGCAAGGACCAUAUAUGCUACUUCGAGGGCGAACAGCACCAGGGUUUUGCACGAGGCCACGGAGUUAUCAUGGACAAGCACUAUCAAGUUACCAAGCAAAUCCGCAGCGCUGGCGCCGGAGCCAGUGCAGAUAUGCAUGAAUUCAAUGUAACGCCUUACUCCAAUGGCACCACGGUACUCCUGACGGUCUACCAGCCACGGCAAUACGACCUUACGACGAAUCCUAGAUUUAACAUGCAGGGAGGAUUAGGUUGGGUUGUUGAGGGUGUCUUUCAGGAGGUCGAGAUCGAGACCGGCGGGCUUCUCUUUGAGUGGCGGUCGCUAGAUCAUGUCGAUCCAGGCCUCAGUUGGACCAUGCCUGGGAGCACCGAUACCAGUGGGAACGGCCUGCAUGAGCAGACACCAUGGGAUUACUUCCACCUGAACAGCAUCGACAAGAAUGCUGAAGGUGACUUUCUCUUGUCUGCUCGGCAUGUAAGCGCAGUCUACAAGAUAUCUGGCACCGACGGUCACAUCAUGUGGCAAAUGGGUGGCAAUGCAGCUACGAUACACACCACUGACUUCGUGUUUUCCUACCAACACGAUGCUCGGUGGAAGUCGGAAAACGAGACGCAUACAGUGUUGUCCUUUUUCGACAAUGGCACCAACAACUACAACCGGACAGCACCGUUCUCUCACGGUCGAAUAGUAGCAAUUGACCAUAUCACUAACACUGCAACACUUAUCAAGGAAUGGGGGGCGCCAGGGCCGGAUGGUGGGUUGCUGUCUGGUUCGCAAGGAAGCAUGCAGCUCCUCCCAGGUGGAGGGUGUCACAUCGGCUGGGGUGAGCAUGCCUACUUCUCCGAGCACUUGGAAGAUGGCAAUGCGGUCAUGUACGGCAAGCUCGCAAUGCGUGCCUCGAACGUCAUGCUGUACCGAUCAUACAAGUUCAAUUGGACCGGCGAGCCGUUAACAAACCCUGACGUCUGGACGUACAGCAAGAACGGCGAGCGGAUGGUUUUCUUCGUCUCCUGGAACGGUGCAACCGAAGUGAGAAGCUGGAACUUCUACACAUCGACCUGUGCCAAUGGGCCGUGGUCUUUCGUGGGGAAUGGUAGGAAGACGGGUUUCGAGACAGAGUUCCAUAUGCCUGCUGCUGCAGAUUGGGCUUACGCCGAAGCUGUCAAUGGUACGGGCCACGUGCUGAAGCAAAGCGGCAUUGUACGCACCCUGCGUGCUCCGGCAACAACGCUCGACGCUUGCGAUGACCGUGGGUGCGCGGGCGGGCGAUUUACCUCAAAAGACCAACAUUACUAUUAUGAGUGGGCUGCUGAGGUGCCUCCAGAUCAGCUGUCAUCGAACAGAGGCUAUAACACGUCGCACUACUAUGCGGAGGGUUCCCAAAAUGGCAACGUUCCCACACCGGAUGGUAGGCCUCGCGAACAGAAGCAGCGCAGUGAGGUCGAGUUGAUCAUCCUCGGCGCCGUAAUGGGCAGCCUGACUUGUUUCGGCAUCAUGAUGCUUGCGUUCUUCACCUACCUUAACGGCGCGCUGACCACGGCUGGGUCCAUUGCUCGAUGGAAAAGAAGUUGCAUAGACAACCUUUCGCUCUCCUAUCGGGCGAGUCGCUAUCGACUGAAUGGCUGGAUGGGGUUUUCCCGCUUGCGUGACAGAGACAAAGAGUCCGAGCCAGAGGAGCAUGCUUCGAGCAGCUCGGAUGAGACUGAGUUGACAAGUCGGAGUCUGUCCGCCUUGGCUGCAGUAGUGGUAUCUGCGAUGCAUCCCUGUCCCACGCGACUGCAGAUGCUCUGUCCUGAAGUCAUUCCUGUCGGUCGUACGAAGACAAGUCCGAUGACUGUGACUGCCAGCCAGGCGCUGCGCGUCUGCCAACGACCACAGGCCAGGGUUCGGAGCAGAGGGGCCGCUCCCGGCACAAUGCGUACGUUGCCGACUUUCCCGCCGCGUCGUUUGCAGAUUGGUAGCAGUCCACGCAAUCCCUGUCACGCGACCUUUCCGGCAUACACGGACGAACUACCAAAUUGGCCAACGCGUCUCAGCUCCAAGAAAGCCGACUGGCCGCCUGCGAUAGACGAGAAUGGUGCUGCGCAGAACCCGGAUCCUCUCUCUCCAUCUCGCAUCUUUCGAUCAACUCUAACGGAUGCCAAUCUCCCGCCAAACGCGCCCAACCAACCGUCAAACGUAGGCAUCGCCAACCCUGAGCUUCGCAUGCCUGAGCAGCUGGUAGCCACACCUCCCGAUGGUCCGCCGACAUGGUCUAACCUGCCCAACAAAGGCCAAUUGGCCAUACUUGCCUGUUCCCGUUUCGUCGACUUUUUCCAGAUGGCAGCUUUGCAGACAUUCAUGGUGCAUCAGCUGAAGUCAUUCGACCCCAGCCUUCCAGAUGCCACCAUCUCGCACCAAGCCGGGUGGCUGCAAGGUGCUUUCACUAUGGCCCAGAUCUUCACGUCCAUCCUGUGGGGUCGCGCGGCUGAUCAACCCACCAUUGGCAGGAAGCUUGUCCUCAACAUCGGCUUGGUCGGCACUGGUAUAGGCUGUAUCGGCGUGGCUUUCAGCACAUCCUACGCUCAAGCAAUGUUCUGGAGACUUAUGACUGGGGCUAUCAACGGGACUGUUGGCUCCGCAAGAACAAUGGUUGCAGAGAUCACACCAAAGCCAUGGCAUCCGCGAGCUUUCUUGCUAUUGCCUGCUGCGUUUAAUGUGGCGAAUGUUCUGGGACCUAUACUGGCCGGUCUUCUUGUCGAUCCAGUGGGCAGCUUCCCGCAUCUCUUCGGCCCCGGCAGUGGGUUCGGAGGCGCCACGGGCGUCCGCUGGCUAGUAGCGUAUCCGUACGCUUUGGCCAACCUAUUGUGUUCAGUACUGCUGUUCGUCGAAGCUCUGCUCGUGCACUAUGCACUUGACGAAACGCUGAAGACCCAUAGACCACUUCAGGUAUCAGAGUGGAAUCCUGUACGAGUCAUGCGACACGCGUACGAAUCCAUGGUAGAGGCAAAGAACCGAGGCUACAGAUUGAUCCAAGAUGCGCAGCGCCAAAGCCUCCUAUCUGACCAUGACACGUCGUCCACGGAGAUGGAUGGCCUAGGCCCCACGGACGCCAAGUUGGAGCCACGUUCGCCGCAGACUUUACCAUUUCGACGAAUAUGGACAACUAACGUGCUUUGGACACUUGCAACAAUUGCAAUCUUUGACUUUCACAUGGGCGCCUUCGCCAAUCUUUGGAUACUGUUCCUCGCUACACCUAGAGAGUUCGUCCACGGAGUACCUGAUGAUAGCCAGACCGCGUCAAACGCGGCCGCUGUUUCAAUGAAAGACAAGCAUAUAGCGCCGCGUGGUGCUUUCAAGUUCUCCUCUGGCCUUGCCUUUCCGCCACCAACAAUAGGCUUUGCCAUGGCCAUCAUAGGGAUCAUUGGCGUGGCAUUGCAGUUUCUGCUAUACCCCUGGGCCAACUCGCGAUUCGGACUAAUGCGGUGCUUUCGAGGUUCGCUCUUCCUGUUUCCCGCAGCUUACUACCUCGCACCCUACAUAGCCUUGUUGCCCUCAGCCACAUCGCCACCCGGUCCGGCAAGCGGCUGGACUGUCUGGCUAGGCAUUAGCUUCGUGCUCUUCCUACAGGUGGCAGCGCGCACCUUCGCGUUACCAGCUUCGAUCAUCUUACUGAACAACAGUACACCUCACCCUAGCGUCCUUGCUACGAUUCACGGCAUUGGGCAGGCGUGCUCGGCUACGUUUCGCACUGUAGGGCCGAUCCUUGCUGGCUACUGGUACGGCAUCUGGACUGAGCGUGGCGUAAUAGGCAUGUCGUGGUGGAUCGUAGCUAGUAUUGCAGCGCUUGGUUGCGUGGCUAGCUUCUGGGUACGCAAUGGGUCGGGUCACGAAAUCUUUCUGCCGGGCGAGGAGCAAGAGAUGAAAGAGGCGGAGACCGGCGGCGGUAGUGGGGACAGCAGGUAG